UCCGUUGGUUCUUUCUGAUCUGUGAUUGACAAGAUUAGCAAGAGUUUUCCAUCCUUUAUCUCUAUCCCUAUCCCGGGUAUACCAAGCACCAGUAGCGUCUCAUCCUGUCCAUCUAUACUUCCGUACAUCAUCCACAAUGUCGCAUCUCAUCGAAGCCUCGCGCCCGCUGAUGCGCGCUCGCAACAACUCCGUCACUCGUUCCUUCUCCAUCGCCAUCCCUGCCCGCAAAGCCGGCGAAGUACUAUGGUCUCCCAAGCCGCGUGGUUUUCUCGCCGAAGUCGACUCGAUUCCCCGACGUGAACCCUCCCCCGGGAACCGAUACUCGUACACGCGCACGCAAGAGGCCGAGAAGCUGGGCUUCUUGAAACGGAAGAUGGCGGAGCAGCGUCAGCAUCUAGACGAGAUGGAUCGCCAUCUGUGAGUGCUUUGUUGCUUCCUCUACCAACCUUUCAAUCCACCGGAUCCAUUCUAUAUAUAUGUUUCUUGUCUAUUGGGGUUGGCAAGAGGGCGCUGACCACCAUACGCAGCCAAGACUUGGCUCGAGGACAAGUCACGAAGAAUUAGGGCGUUGAGUUUGUUUGCGGAGUACAGUGUUCGGGGCUUUAUUGAUUGAUUGGUGGUCUCGCUCUUUUCGUUGAUCUCGUUUCUUAUGUCGGUUGGCUCGACAUGUCCGUCUCUGCGACCCUGUCUUCGGGUUGUCAUUUCCUAUUUUUUUGCUCUUCUUAUCAGGUCUGGACGGUGUUGGUGACACCUCUACCAUCACGAUGAGAGGCCAUCACACCACCUCCGCCUGCAACCGUGACGCCAGGAUGUCAAGUCCUCAUUGACCUUGACUCACAACCUAUCCUUACCCCCGCCAGAUUGUCAAGCGGGACCUGAUAGUGGCUGGAAGGGGGGAUUAUGUUUUCGUUCGGCUAGAAACAUUUGUCUAUAUAUAUACCCCUUGGGUGGGAUCAUUGAAUGACCUGCCGUCUCAUCUAUCUAGAUUAUCCGAUGGAAUCAUAAAACAAUUGCAUUUCAAAGAAUAGUCUACUUGUUAGUUGUGUUCUAUGGUUUAUUUAUAGUAAGCGUUGAAGCUGAA